AACCGGUCGUAUUGCUACGAGAAGCUCCGGCAAUACCAGGAGGCGCUGAGAGAUGCCCAGAUGGCCCUGGAGCUGCAGCCCAGCUGGCCCAAAGGCUUCUUCCGCAAGGGCAAGGCGCUGUGGGGGCUGAAGCUCUACGCCGAGGCCAGGGACACCUUUAAGCAGCUGCUGCUCCUCAAGGGCGCCCACGGUGACGUAGCCACCCGGCUGGAGGCCUGCCAGAUGCUGCUGCAGCAGAGCAGCCUCCGCGAUGCCGGCAGCCCCAGGGAAAUCCCCGCGCUGGAAGCUGGGGAGCCGCUGACACCCAGCUCCGAUGAGUGUGAGAACGGCGGCAGCAGCGAUGUGGACGCGAGCGGCUUCGUGACCGUGGUGAACUCGAGGAGCCACUCGAAAAGCCACGUGCGGAACACGGCCACGGCGAGCCCCAGGCACACACUGCCUUCCCAGCACCCUGCCAGGGACUGCUAUCCUCUGUGGGUCGGAAACAUCACUUUCAAAGUCACCAAGAAAGCGCUGCAGAGCUGCUUCGGCCGGUUCGGGCAGAUCCAAUCCAUCCGGCUGCUCCCGGAGAAGCGCUGCGCCUUCAUCAACUUCCACCAGAAGGCAGCGGCGGAAGCGGCGUACGGAGCCAUGCUGGGCGCCGAGCUGGAGGGCUGCCGGCUGGCGCUGCAGCUCAAACACCCGUCCCACGCCACGCCGCCGCCUCGGCAGCGCCCGUAGGACCCUCCGUGGGGGAACCUUCCUCAUCUCGCAGGGUGCAG